GUUUCCACAUAUAUAUAAAUAGGUUUUGGAGCAUAUAGUAGUAGUACAGUUACAAGAUCUUGUUUCAUUCUAUUUUUUUUCAAAGUUUUAUCAACAAAGAGUAAAAAAGAUCGUUCCUUUCUGCUUCGAUUCUCCAUAUAUAGUCGCAAGAAACCAUUUUUAUCAAUACCCAUUUUCUUCUUCUUUGUCUUUUGGUUUUGGAUUGAUUAUCCAAUGGGAAAAUUGCAAGAAAAUCAGCAGCUUGGUGUUGAUGGAGCUCAGAAUAAUGGGUGUUGCAGAUGGAUCACGGAAGAUUGUGGUGUGAAUUCUGAAGCUUCUUCUUCUUCUUCUUCUUCUUCUUCUUUGGAUAUGGUGGAAGAUGCCGUUUCUCCAGUUACGAGUUCUUCAAAUGGGCCUCUUUAUGAGCUAUCAGAGCUAAUGGUUCAUCUUCCUAUGAAGAGAGGGUUGUCUAGAUAUUAUGAUGGUAAAUCAGAGUCUUUUACGUCUCUAGCAAGUGUAGAAAGAUUAGAAGAUUUGGCUAAGAGGGUGUCUCCAAUUACAAAAAAGUUCAAGUCUUGCAAGAGUUUUGAUGGUCAUAAAUCCAUUAUUCCAAGGGCCAACAUAGCCAAGAAAGCUUCAAGAUCAAGAGGGAGAACUAGUUUGCUUUGUGGUUCAAGGUCUGCAAUCCCUGUGAAUGGCCACUGAUUACUUUCCUUGCUCGAGUUCAACGAUUGUGAGGUGGGAAUCGAACAUCGAGAUAAUUGAUGUCGUAUCCAUCGAAUUAAGCUUGAAUUCGUGCUUUCUUUACUAACCCUAAGCCAUAAUUUCCCCCUUUCUUAUUUUUCUAAGGUAACCUUCAAUUGUAGAUCAAUGAUUUUGCAAUACUUGCGAGCUUUAAGGUGCUAACAUGGAUGACGGAUUG